UAAAAGUCUGAAAUAAAGAAUUUUAUGAAACGAGCGAUUCAGACUUCAGCACUACUUGAAGGAAGUUGAUGACGAAACAAUAGUGCUGAAGUGAAGGAAUUUUUAAAUUAGAAUUCAAAGAGUCUCAAACCCCUUUGAAUUGAAAACAAAAUAUUCCGAAGUUAAUAAAAAAAUAUCAAAAAAAGUAUAAAAAAGUAUUCUACAGAUAAAUCUAUACAAUAUGAGUGACAGCGAAUCUGAAACCGAAAAUUUGAAGGAUGUUGAACAUGUUACGGGACCAGUUGAAGAUGCUUGGAAGAUGAAAAUUCCGGAAUUUAAAGAACAAGACAAUCCACAUGGAUUACUUGAGGAGAGUUCUUUCGCUACAUUGUUUCCAAAGUAUAGAGAAAAAUAUCUCUCGGCAUGUUGGCCUCUUGUUCAGAAAUCAUUGGAAGCACAUCGUCUAAUAGCAGAGUUAGAUCUUAUUAAAGGAUCGAUGUUAGUUAAAACAACGAGAAAGACUUAUGAUCCAUUCAUUAUAGUUAAAGCUCGUGAUGUCAUCAAGUUAUUGUCACGAAGUGUUCCGUAUGAACAGGCCAUUCGUGUUUUGGAAGACGAAGUUUCUUGUGACAUUAUCAAAAUUAAAAAUUUGGUGAGAAAUCGAGACAAAUUCAUCAAAAGACGAAACAGAUUGAUCGGUCCUGGAGGUUGUACUCUAAAAUCAAUCGAAUUGUUAACAAAUUGCUACGUUCUGGUCCAAGGAACAACUGUAUCUGCUGUUGGACCUUACAAAGGACUUCAAUGUGUUCGUAGCCUCGUCGAAGAUACUAUGAAAAAUGUUCAUCCAAUUUAUAAUAUUAAAGCGUUGAUGAUUAAGCGAGAACUAAUGAAAGAUUCAAACUUGAAAGAUGAAAAUUGGGAGAGAUUUUUACCUAAAUUUGAGAAAAAGAAUCCAAAUAAGGAAAAGCGUAAACAAAAAUCUGAUAAGCCUAAAACAAAGAAAAAAGAAUACACUCCUUUCCCACCAGCACAACCAGAUACAAAAAUCGAUAAAAUGCUUGCAUCAGGUGAAUAUUUUCUCACAGAAAUUCAAAAGAAAUCAAAACUCAAUAAAGAACGUCGUGAGAAACAAGCAAGUGACAAGGAAAAACAAAUGGCUAAACGUAGUAAAGAUUUUGUUGCUCCUUUGGAAGAAGAAAAUGUAUCGAAAAUUAAAAAAUCGAAAACAAAUAUUCCAAAUAAGGUUGAUGUCAAGAAAUUAAAAUCAAAAAUCAAGAAAGCAAAUAAAAUGAAAUAAAUUAGCA